AAGUAUCUCUGUUUGGUUUGGGCGGGUCGUCACUAGUUACCACAGCCACAAAGUAAGAAACCCCACCUAUUUCUACAAUUUAUAUUCUUAAAAUCAUAUUUGAAACCUAACCUUAACCAGAAUGCUAACCGUAAACCUAAACUUAAAUUAAGAAAAGAAAGCACAUUUUCGUUUUCAUUAAUUUUUACGAUAUAGCCAGUUGACGAUAGACAAUUUUGACUUUGUGGAUAUGGUAACUAGUGCUAACCCAGAAGGAGUUGCAACAUUUGAAGUAUCAAGAAGAAACUAUUCAACCUAGCUACCUUGCUGUUUCUAUGUCUCAAGAUGACAAGCAUUUCCCUCCUGAGGAGUUGAAGCGCUGGAGCUCGCCUGGCCUUGAACAUGAAUUCACCAGAGGACAGUUCUUCCUUUUCCACUCAGAAGACCUCAAAUUGGACCGACCACCAAACAUCCACUCCACAACCAGGACUUAGUCCUGCUAGCCCAGUUCAAACACCUGUUUCAACCAACCCUGCUAGCCUGUCUCAAUCACUAAUUCCACCCCAGAUACAGAGGACCACAGAGAAAGGAACCUCUGAUGCAUCACAGCCACACAGUGAACGGCGCAAGAGGGGGAGGCCACCCAAAGACAAGAAACCUUAUACUGUCCCAGAACAUCAGAUCCAGUCCACUUUAGAUUCAGACCCAUGUUCACAGCCAGAGGAACAGCGUAACGAAGGGUCCCAUCUCAGUAGUCCAUCUGUAGAACAAGGAGAUACAACCAGCCAUAAUGUUCUAAUUGCUGGAGAUCACACAUAUUCACUGAUUAGAGAGCUAGAGUCUGAACCAUUUGUUUCACCCCAGAAACAGAGGACCACAGAGAAAGGAACCUCUGAUGCAUCACAGCCACAUGGUGAACGGCGCAAGAGGGGGAGGCCACCCAAAGACAAGACACCUCAUACUGUCCCAGGACAUCAGAUCCAUCAGGCCCUAACAGAUACACACCCAUGUUCACAAACAGAGGCUGAGACACAGUCCUUGACACCCAACUCACCUGCGCCUGGCCUUGAGGACAGGUGUCCGGCACCGGUGACAAAGAGGAAGUAUACAAAAGAAUCGGAGACCCCUAAGGUAGACCAGCCGCAGGAGACUGACCAGUCACAGCAGACCGUAAGAAAUUGGAAGAAGACAUCUAAGGUAGUCCAGUCACAGGAGACUGACCAGUCACAGGAGACUGACCAGUCACAGGAGACUGACCAGUCACAGGAGACUGACCAGUCACAGGAGACUGACCAGUCACAGGAGACUGACCAGUCACAGGAGAUGAACCAGUCACAGGAGAUGAACCAGUCACAGGAGCCUGACCAUUCGCAGGAGCCUGACCAUUCGCAGGAGCCUGACCAUUCGCAGGAGCCUGACCAGUCGCAGGAGAUCCAGUUCCAUUCAGAUUCAGACCCAUGUUCACAGCGAGAGGAACAAACGAAUGCUGUCACAGUGACACAUCCCCUGUCAUCCAACUCACCUGUGCCUGAGGACAGGUGUCAGCCACCUGAUGCCCAAACAGAGUUUGAGACACAGCCUCUGUCACCUGUGGGCACCUCUGAACUACCAUCCCCCUCCAAGGAUUUCCAAAGGGUACAGCGUAACGAAGGGUCCCAUCUCUGUAGUCCAUCUGUAGAACAAGGAGAUACAACCAGCCAUAAUGUUCUAAUUGCUGGAGAUCACACAGAUUCACUGACCAGAGAGCUAGAGGCUGAACUAUUUGUUUCACCCCAGAAACAGAGGACCACAGAGAAAGGAACCUCUGAUGCAUCACAGCCACACGGUGAACGGCGCAAGAGGGGGAGGCCACCCAAAGACAAGACACCUCAUACUGUCCCAGGACAUCAGAUCCAUCAGGCCCUAACAGAUACACACCCAUGUUCACAAACAGAGGCUGAGACACAGUCCUUGACACCCAACUCACCUGCGCCUGGCCUUGAGGACAGGUGUCCGGCACCGGUGACAAAGAGGAAGUAUACAAAAGAAUCGGAGACCCCUAAGGUAGUCCAGUCACAGGAGACUGACCAGUCACAGGAGACUGACCAGUCACAGGAGACUGACCAGUCACAGGAGACUGACCAGUCGCAGGAGACUGACCAGUCGCAGGAGACUGACCAUUCGCAGGAGACUGACCAGUCACAGGAGAUUAACCAGUCGCAGGAGACUGACCAUUCACAGGAGACUGACCAGUCACAGGAGAUCCAGUCCCCUUCAGAUUCAGACCCAUGUUCACAGCGAGAGGAACAAACGAAUGCUGUCACAGUGACACAGCCCCUGUCAUCCAACUCACCUGUGCCUGAGGACAGGUGUCAGCCACCUGAUGCCCAAACAGAGGUUGAGACACAGCCCCUGUCACCCAGCCCACCCGUGGGCACCUCUGAACUACCAUCCCCCACCAAGGAUUUCCAGAGGGUACAGCGUAACGAAGGGUCCCAUCUCUGUAGUCCAUCUGUAGAACAAGGAGAUACAACCAGCCAUAAUGUUCUAAUUGCUGGAGAUCACACAGACUCACUGACCAGAGAGCUAGAGGCUGAACUAUUUGUUUCACCCCAGAAACAGAGGACCACAGAGAAAGGAACCUCUGAUGCGUCACAGCCACACGGUGAAUGGCGCAAGAGGGGGAGGCCACCCAAAGACAAGACACCUCUUACUGUCCCAGGACAUCAGAUCCAUCAGGCCCUAACAGAUACACACCUAUGUUCACAGCCAGAGGACCAAACAGAGGCUGAGACACAGUCCUUGACACCCAACUCACCUGCGCCUGGCCUUGAGGACAGGUGUCCGGCACCGGUGACAAAGAGGAAGUAUACAAAAGAAUCGGAGACCCCUAAGGUAGACCAGCCGCAGGAGACUGACCAGUCACAGGAGAUCCAGUCCCCUACAGAUUCAGACCCAUGUUCACAGCGAGAGGAACAAACGAAUGCUGUCACAGUGACACAUCCCCUGUCAUCCAACUCACCUGUGCCUGAGGACAGGUGUCAGCCACCUGAUGCCCAAACAGAGUUUGAGACACAGCCUCUGUCACCUGUGGGCACCUCUGAACUACAAUCUCCCUCCAAGGAUUUCCAGAGGGUACAGCGUAACGAUGGGUCCCAUCUCUGUAGUCGAUCUGUAGAACAAGGAGAUACAACCAGCCAUAAUGUUCUAAUUGCUGGAGAUCACACAGAUUCACUGACCAGAGAGCUAGAGGCUGAACUAUUUGUUUCACCCCAGAAACAGAGGACCACAGAGAAAGGAACCUCUGAUGCAUCACAGCCACACGGUGAACGGCGCAAGAGGGGGAGGCCACCCAAAGACAAGACACCUCAUACUGUCCCAGGACAUCAGAUCCAUCAGGCCCUAACAGAUACACACCCAUGUUCACAGCCAGAGGACCAAACAGAGGCUGAGACACAGUCCUUGACACCCAACUCACCUGCGCCUGGCCUUGAGGACAGGUGUCCGGCACCGGUGACAAAGAGGAAGUAUACAAAAAAAUCGGCGACCCCUAAGGUAGACCAGUCGCGGGAGACUGACCAGUCACAAGAGAGUGAGAAUUUGAGCAAGAGGAAGCAUGCAUCUAAAAGGUCACAGACCUCCAAGGUAGCUCAAUCACAGGAGACUGUCCAGUCGCAAGAGACUGUGAGAAAGUGGAAACAUACUAGAAAGUCACAUAGCCAUAAAGUAGACCAGUCACAGGAAACUGUGGGAAAUAGGGAGAAGACAUCUGAAAUAUCGCUGAAACGUAAGCUACAGUCACAAGUGGAGACUGUAAAAAAGAAAAAAUAUACUAAGAAAUCAAAGAGCCGUAAUGUAGUCUUUGCCAACCCCGUCUCACUCCCUGUGCUAUCUGCAGAACUCCCCCCCAGCGUUUCCUCUUCCACACACAACCCUCCUGCUGUCCCAAAGAGAAAACAUAGAAAAAAAACACAGAGCCACAGGGUAGACUCUGAGAUCCUUUCUUCAUUCCCUGUUCUAUCUGCAGAACUCUCUUCUGGCCUAAAGAGGAGCCUCUCUCCUACUCUCAGCCCUCCUGCCGUCUCUUCCUCGACAAACACACCUAAGAGAGUCAGAACGACAAACACAAACACACCUAAGAGAGUCAGAACGACAAACACACCUAAGAGAGUCAGAGGCAGAACUAAGGUGGUCCAGCAGCAGAUGUUUCUUAGCUCCACCCCAGGCCCCAGAUCCUCCAUAGGAACAGUCAACCCCUUCUCUGUCUCUCUGUCUCCCCUGGUCCCCAGCUCUAAGCCAGACAGCCCUCAGAACGCCUCACCUAUCACCUGGAAGCUGUUAGAACAUCUAGACAAGAAUCCAGAGCCAGACGGAGCUGUACCCAGCAGUAAACCUUGGGGUAAACCCAGAGGUCGACCAAGGAAGGACCCGGCUGGAGUGAAGAAGGCGGCUGUAGUGAAGGGAGUGAAGAAGGUGGCUGUAGUGAAGAAGGUGGCUGUAGUGAAGGGAGUGAAGAAGGUGGCUGUAGUGAAGAAGGUGGCUGUAGUGAAGGGAGUGAAGAAGGCGGCUGUAGUGAAGGGAGUGAAGAAGGCGGCUGUAGUGAAGGGAGUGAAGAAGGUGGCUGUAGUGAAGAAGGUGGCUGUAGUGAAGGGAGUGAAGAAGGUGGCUGUAGUGAAGGGAGUGAAGAAGGUGGCUGUAGUGAAGGGAGUGAAGAAGCCGGCUGUAGUGAAGGGAGUGAAGAAGCCGGCUGUAGUGAAGGGAGUGAAGAAGGCGGCUGUAGUGAAGGGAGUGAAGAAGGCGGCUGUAGUGAAGGGAGUGAAGAAGCCGGCUGUAUUGAAGGGAGUGAAGAAGGUGGCUGUAGUGAAGGGAGUGAAGAAGGCGGCUGUAGUGAAGAAGGUGGCUGUAGUGAAGGGAGUGAAGAAGGUGGCUGUAUUGAAGGGAGUGAAGAAGCCGGCUGUAGUGAAGGGAGUGAAGAAGCCGGCUGUAGUGAAGGGAGUGAAGAAGCCGGCUGUAGUGAAGGGAGUGAAGAAGCCGGCUGUAGUGAAGGGAGUGAAGAAGCCGGCUGUAUUGAAGGGAGUGAAGAAGCCGGCUGUAUUGAAGGGAGUGAAGAAGCCGGCUGUAUUGAAGGGAGUGAAGAAGCCGGCUGUAGUGAAGGGAGUGAAGAAGCCGGCUGUAGUGAAGGGAGUGAAGAAGCCGGCUGUAGUGAAGGGAGUGAAGAAGCCGGCUGUAGUGGAGGGAGUGAAGAAGCCGGCUGUAGUGGAGGGAGUGAAGAAGCCGGCUGUAGUGGAGGGAGUGAAGAAGCCGGCUGUAGUGGAGGGAGUGAAGAAGCCGGCUGUAGUGGAGGGAGUGAAGAAGCCGGCUGUAGUGGAGGGAGUGAAGAAGCCGGCUGUAGUGAAGGGAGUGAAGAAGCCGGCUGUAGGGAAGAGAGUGAAGGACCCGGCUGUAGGGAAGAGAGUGAAGGACCCGGCUGUAGGGAAGAGAGUGAAGGACCCGGCUGUAGGGAAGAGAGUGAAGACUCAGUGUGGUAAGAAGGUGAAGACUGCAGCAGAGGGAGGUUCCCAGGCCUGCAGCUCAGAGGGGCCUCCAGCCAAGCACAGACGUAGAAGCAGGAAGGGUCUUACAGCAGAGGGAGUGGAGAGAGUCGGGCUGCAGAGCGACGACAGCACCAGCUCUCAGCCAAUCCAAUGCUCCAGACCACGGUUUGAGCUACUGGAGUUGGACUCACCGGACGAAGACACAGGAGAUGCCUCCCUGUCCUCAAACCUGUCCAUCGAACUGAGCCUACAGGAAGACCACUUGUCAUCACUUCCUCUUGAAGAGGAGGAAGAGCAGGAGGAUGAGGAAGAUCUGCCCAGUUUCUUAAAUAACACAAAGCCGCUGUCCAUAACAGAGGGAAUAUGUGUUUGGUGCAAAUUUAGAAACUAUCCUUUCUGGCCGGCAAUGGUGAAAAGCGUGAACCGGAAGAUGAAGAAAGCCAGCAUUGUGUUUAUUGACAACCUGCUGUUUGACAAGAAGAGGAUACGAAAAGGCUUCUCUGUGGCCCUAAAAACAUUGAAGCCUUUUGACUGUGAAGAGGCUGAUCAGCUUGUGUGUAAAGCCAGAGAGAGUUAUGAUGCUGCCAUCAAAUGGUGCCUGGAGCUGAUCGCCGACUAUAGAAUCCGUAUCGGAUGUGGCUUCACCGGCUCCUUCAUUGAAUACUUUUCUGAUGACAUAAGCUGUCCUGUGAGGAGACGUUAUCCUCAGAGUACCUCUGACCUCAACUUCCCCAGUAAGCUGAUGUUGGAGGAGCAGUUUUUAACCUCUGACCUUGGGGAGGAAGAGGAGGAGGGCAGCGGCCAGCAGGAGGAGGAGAGGAGAAGGAGGAGGAGGAGGAAGCUGCUGCCUGACCGCUCCAAGGCAGCACGUAACCGUGCCAAUGAGAAACUGGUGGACUUCAUCAUUAAGCAACGCCGGGUGGAGACACGCCUUCUAGGUGUGAUCGGCGGGCAGCAACAAUCCAAGUGGCUGCGAUGGUUCCUGGCAGCCAGUCGGUCAGUAGUGGACACCUACCUGGAGGAUGAGGACCAGCUGGACCAGGUGUAUCAGUACCUGAGGGGGGUGUAUGAGACCGCCCCCCUCACCGCCCCCUGCCUGGCUGACGUUGACCGCAUACGUCUCGUACUGGACGUCCUCUUACCUGAGGCUAUUAUCUAUGCCAUAGCUGGAGUGGACAAGUUGUCACUGGUGAAGGCAGAGGACAAAUACCUAAAAGGGCCCUGUCUGAGUAAAAGGGAAAGAGAGGAGUUUGAUUGGAUGAUCGAGCAACAGAUGAAAAUGAAAGCAUCGAUCGGUCAGCGUCCUGUGCACUGAACACCACACUGCCUACUUUGGCUUCCAGCCGUCAGACUUCAGCCGAGAUGAAAUCCCAGGGCGUGUUGUAUAGUGCUUUACCUUCAAAUGUCAUUUCUGAUUGAGACGACAUCUGCAGCGUUUUACCGUGAAUGGGAAAAUCCUGGGAGGACGUACACCGCGGUUUAGACCCACUACCACAGUAUUUUGUCCAUCAUGGUUGCCCGUUAAGGCUGGAUUACUGUAAAUUCUGUAAAUACUUGUCUAUUUUUAUAUGGAAAAGGAAUGUCUUUUUUUUUUUUUAAUAAUAAUAUUUUAAUUCCUCUUCCUGUGUGAAUUCCUGUCUAAUUAUGUGGCUAUGUAAGGUUAGCUUGUCGAUACCUUCAUCUAUACCUAUUUCUUGGUGACAGGCAUAUAACAUUCUGAAUGUGAAUCAUGUCAGCUCAAUAAAGCUUCCUCAGUCA